GAAACUAUGAAAAAGAAACCUCUAGAAGUUUCUAGACAGACGCAGAAAAGGCAGCUGCAGAAAAAAUGGAGUCGAGAUCCUUUCCAGAAUGCAGUAAAAAUACAAAUAUCGCCGGCAGACGGUCUUCGAAUUCCAGACAAAGACAACAAGAUUAGAGACACGUCAAAAUUUAGACAAAAUGAGCAUGUUGUCACAGCAAAUGUUGUACGGUCAGAAUCGAGAUCCAAGUUGGAUAGGACUUUGUGGGAACUAUUGACUGACAACAUGUCUUUACCCUAUUUCUUACAAUUUAUGGAAAAUGACGGAGAUAUUACUCUUGUUCAGUUUUGGUUGGCUGCUGAAAGCUUUCGAAUUACUACUAAGGAACGCUUGAGAGCAUACAGAGAAUCUGUGAAUAGCAUUGCUUCUACGAGUAAUAGUAAACGUGGAGGCUUCAUGACUGCUGUAGAAAGAGACUCUUCCUUGCUUGCUGAUGAACAUCAAUUGGAGAGAAACAGUAGCUUGGAAAAUAGUUUAGCUGGGUUACGAUCGAAACAGUCUCGUUCAAAUUCUGUUAGAUCUGAUGACCAGAGAGAGUUACUUGGUCUUUCAAGAGUAGCAGUAGCACCAAUUGGUCGACAUGGACAAGAACGAAAAGUUUCUGCUAGAAGGAAGGAGGCCAGUAUGAUGAUUGCAGAUAAUUCAAAUGACACAGGGAAGAGUCACUUUGAUCUUUUUGGUAAUAACGCCACGAGGCAACAAAGUAAAAGUGCUGAAUCUGAUGCUAUGAGUCUGUAUGAAACAUAUAUCUCUCAUCUUGCUGAAAACCAACUACAACUAGAUGAACGAACGAGACUUAUAGUAGAAAGAAAUAUCUGUAGAGACGAUGGGAUUAUUGAACCAGAUAGUUUCCAAGUAGCACAAGACUUUGUUUUUCACUUCAUGCAAGAAAAGUAUUAUCCCCAGUUUUUGAAGAGUCAGUACAUGUGCAGAUAUCAACUAGAAGUUCUAACCAGUGGCAAGUUUAGCCUUCAGGAUAUUCUAUUCCAUGACAUUACAAUGGGAUACUUCAUGCAGUUUCUUGAGCAUGAGGGUGAUAUGCGAUACUUUGAAUUCUGGUUGACAGCUAACAGUGUGCAGGAGCAGCUUCUAGAUCAGAAGCGAAAAAACACCUACAAUGCCGAUGAAGCUGUGGCUGAUUGCAUGGUACUUUAUACGAGGUAUUUUUCUCUCCAGGCCACUCACCCUCUUGACUUUGAUGACCACAUUCGAGUUGACCUUGAAGUUAACAUUUGUCGAGAAGGUGGGCCACUUUCUAAUUGUUUCAGUGUGCCUCAGAAGAUGGCAUUUGAACGAAUGGAAGGUCACUUUUCCAACUUUUUGCAAAGUGAAUUGUACUACCAGCAUUUGUCAGAGCUGCUUGGUGUCAUUCGUUCUGAUCGAUCAAAUACACCAAGAAGUAGCAUAUCAGAAGGAAGCACAGAAACAACAGAAAUAAUGUCUCCUGAAGAUCAAGUUCGGACAUCAUUCAGCCAUAGAUUAGGAGUUGACUGCGGAGAGAAUCCUGAACUGCUCUGGCAGCGCCGCUCACGAGGGUUAGUGAUUGGUCGAAUAAAUGAACAAGGGAUUUAUGAGUCAGACAUGGAAGAAGAACUCAAACGAAUUCAAAAACACGAAAAACAAGGCAGAAUUCGACAACGGUUUUCUCGAGUUAUGAAAAAACUGGUCGGGGGUGAAGAUGAGGAAAAAGAAGAAAUGGCAUGGAAGAUUGCUCACAUGAUAGUGAACGGCAUCAGUCAACAGGUACAGCAGCAGGAACAAAUAGUAGAGGCAAUGCAAGAUUCGUCUGAAGAAAAAUCAGGCUUGUCUACUAUGAGUUCUAUAGAUAGUGUUUCUACGAGUAAUAAAGAUUAG